GUGAGCAGGCGCGCGGGCCCUUCUGCGCAUGAGCAGUGGUGCUCCGAGCCCGCCAGCCACGGUCUCCGGCGCCAGCUACGCCGUUGCCCCUGUCACUAUGGCCCAUUACAAAGCCGCCGACUCGAAGCGCGAGCAGUUCCGGAGGUACUUGGAGAAGUCGGGGGUGCUGGACACGCUGACCAAGGUGUUGGUAGCCUUAUAUGAAGAACCAGAGAAACCUAAUAGUGCUUUGGAUUUUUUAAAGCAUCACUUAGGAGCUGGUACCCCAGAAAAUCCAGAAAUUGAGCUGCUUCGCCUAGAAUUGGCAGAAAUGAAAGAGAAAUAUGAAGCUACUAUAGAAGAAAAUAAAAAACUGAAAGCAAAGCUUGCUCAGUAUGAACCACCUCAGGAGGAGAAGCAUGCUGAAUAGGAUUCUUCUCAGUUGAAAAGACACUGAAAAAUGGUUUUGUAUGACUGGAAUAGUUUGUAUAGUAUAUAAUCUUUUCUGAACAGAUGCUAUAAAACUUUUAAUAUGUUAAAUUCACCUAUCACACUUUAAAUGUUAUAAACACAUAUACUUAGAAUCACCAAUAAAAACUCAAUAUAACUUUCUUUGGGUCUUAAAGCAGGAGAAUCCAAAAAAAGUAAAUCCUGAAGGAAACCUAAACAGCCAUCUAAUUCAUUAAAAGAUGUUCUAUUUAUUAGUCUGAUUAGGAGUAAUAGUACUGGUUGUAUAUUACUCAAGGAGGUUUAGCAUGGAGCUGUUCCUUGGUUUAGUUCAGGGUAUGAGCACAGGUACAAUCACGCUUUACAAUGAAGAUGAGUGUUUAUAUUCCCUGUAGGCAACCGGAGAAAUCUGUGUGACAUACGAUGCUUUUGCAUGGGUUCCCAUGAAUUUUCUGCUCUUGUUUAUAUAAUGCGGAACAAGUAACUCUUCUUUGCCACCACUUUGCCUUAGAUAACUAUAUGUGUGUCAGUUUGAACUCUGACACCCCUUUUUUCUUCUAUGCAAUCAUGCCCUGAUAAUGUUGCCUUGCUUUGCUAUGUACUUUAGUGGGUCCUAGUUGCUCAUUAGCCCUUGUGUGUUGUUCAUUUUGCAUAAUAAUGCAGAUACCCUGAUUGUAAUUUAUAUAACUUUAAACAGGAUCACACUGUUACCCUGCCUUACCUAGUUGGGCAUAUAUGAGGGGAGGCUGGGUGCUGAAUUUUUAGGCCAAAGACUGAUACUAACAUAAAUUAUUUACUAACUGUAGAACUUUGGGCACAUCAGUUAACCGCUCUGAGAUUUACUUUCCUCAUCUGUUAAAUGAGAAGAACAUCUGUGCUGCCUACCUCACAGGGUUGUUGUGAGGGUCAAAUGAGAAUGUACGUGAAAGAUUUGUAAAUGGUAAAGCACUAUAUUCUUGUUUUUUAGUUCUUUUUCCUUUCUUUUGGAAGACUUGCUGACAGAUACUCUGUUGAUCAUUUACUUUCUUUCCUUACUGGUAGAUUGCCAUUUUAAAGAAGUGUUCCUAUUUCACAUAUUCUAUCUCUAGUGUUAGAGGACUUGUCUUUAUUCUGAGAAUAAAGGGCUGAGCAUA